CUGGUCCGGAUUCAGGCCAGCGGUGUCUGCCACACCGAUCUGCACUACAAGCUGGGCAAAAUUACCAACGAGUUUCCCUUCCUGCUGGGUCACGAGGGUUCCGGCAUCGUGGAGGCCGUGGGCGAGGGCGUUACCGAGCCUAAGGUAGGCGACUACGUGGUGCUGGCCUGGCGCGCGCCCUGCGGCAACUGCCGGUUCUGUGCCUUGGGACAGCCCAACCUCUGCUCCGCCAGCCUUAACGCCCAGCCCCGGAUGACGGCCAAGAAAGACGGAGCCGUCCUGAACCCUGCCCUGGGCAUCGGCACCUUCUGCACCCAUACCGUGGUGGCCGCCCGCCAGGCCGUGCCCGUCCCCACCGCAUGCCCGCCGGAACAGGCAAGCCUGCUGGGCUGCGGCGUCACAACCGGAGUAGGCGCGGUACUAUACACCGCCGGAGUGCGUCGGGGCGGCACCGUGGCAGUCUAUGGCUGCGGCGGCAUUGGCUCCAGCGUUAUUAUGGGCGCAAAGCUGGCCCGUGCGUCCAAGAUUAUUGCCGUAGACAUCUCCGAGAACAAGCUGGCGUGGGCCAGAGAGUUCGGGGCAACCGACGUAGUCAACGCGGCCAACACCGAUCCGGUGGAAGCCAUAAAGGAACUCACCGGCGGCAACGGCGUGGACUACUCCUUCGAGUGCGUGGGCAUGCCGCAGACACUGCUACAGGCACUCUGGUCCCGUGACCUGGCUGGCACCUGUGUCCUCAUCGGCGUUCCCGACCCGACGAUGGUAGUGGAUGUGCCUAUGCUCCAGUUCUUUGGCCUGGGCGGCUCCCUGCGGGUAAGCUGGUACGGUGACAACCUCCCGUCCCGCGACUUUCCCCUGCUGGCCAACUACUACCUGUCGGGAGAACUGGACCUGGACCGAGUAGUGUCUGCCGUGAUUGGUCUGGAGGAUACCGAAGCGGCCUUCGAGGCUAUGGAACGGGGAGAAACCCUGCGUUCCGUAAUUCGCAUACCGGAUGCCUAG